GCAGGCUGCUCUGUGAAAAGGUAGGCUGGAUGAAGGCUGCUCAGUCUCAAACUGCGUGCCGGACUAGUGUUGCGUAACAGACGUGCCAGGCUGUAGGUUGGUAGGUAGGCAAUCGUGUUUAUCCGCUUGUAAGGAGAAAAAAAAGAGAGGGAGGGAGCGAUGAGGAGAGAGAUGGAGCGGUCGGAGGGGGCGUUCAUCUGCUCACUAGCUCGUGGCUACAGAGCUGGCAGUGGUACAAGGCUGCUGAAGCUCUCUGUGUGUUCAUAGAGGACCAUUUUUCAGUUGCAGCCAGCGGCAAAUAACCUGGACUAACGUUGCACGUUUCCUCUGGCUCCCCUCGAUAUGUCCUAGUCUUUAUUUACUGCCGCAGAGGACGCCAUCGGAGAGGAGCCGUGCAGACCUGCAGCAGCAGAGUGGUAGGAUGGUGUGACACACAGACAGUCACUGCUCACCACUCAGAGGCAGAUCAUGGCUCCAGAGUCUCUUCUUCUCCUUGGCUUCCUCCUCUCCCUCCUCCAUCCUUCAGAUGCUCAGACCAUCAUUGGCUCCUCCUCCUCAUUCUCUCCUCUGGACCUGCCUUUUAAUUCUUCACCUCAGCCAACCAAGCAGACUACUAGAUUCUGGCCCUCUUUGCCUCCCAGAGGGCGCAGCGAUGUGCCUAUCAGAGCUACAAUCCGGGAUAGACUAACAACUAUGAAUGCAGUACAGCAAGAGCAGCGAGUGUCCCAUCCUACGGGGCAGUCCACUUCUACUUUUAUAUCUGCCCUUUCCACGCAUAACCUAAGCAGCGGGCCAAUUUUAACUCAACCGACUGCCUCCAGGCCCAGAACUGAUACAGCUAGUUUAGCAUUCAGCAGAGCUUUUACAAAGGGAGACGCUACUACAAAAGGCUCAACUCCACCUCUGCCCACUUUGCCCUCCAUUGUUGUCGCUAAAUCUGAAGGCGAUAAAGCAGUGACAGCACGAAAUCCUAGGGAGGGAUCACUAAAAGAGACAGAGGAUGAUGAUUUGCGGGGAUCAGGUAGUGGUCCAACAGUGAUGCUUGUGAAGGAGGAUUCACCUGUUUCUCAGUCAACAGUUAGAAACGAAAUGGCGCAAUACCAGCCACAGGCACAGACAACGAUUUCUAAAGUUUCUGAUGUUAAAACACCAGCGGACAGUCAGACUGUAAAGCCUCGCCUGUUUCUGCUUACAACAGCCAGUCAAAUCUCUACAACACCACAGACUGAGACAAGAGCCACACUGUCCCCUGUGGUAACACAGGCAACACCUCGCUCUGUAGUACAAACAGGUAAACUGACAGAAGACACUCCUUCCACCAUCAAAGAAACUCCAGAGCAGGGAUCUGUGACAUUACCCCAACCCACGACUUCCACCACUGGCUCUUUCGAUAAACAGUCACAGGCUGCAGAAGAACCAACAAACACGACAACACAGCAAGUGACAACCACAUCUACAACUACACUUGCUGCUACACAAGAGGCUGUGAGAAUAUCCUCAAAAACAACAAAUCUGCCCAACAGAACAGGACAACUGGGGAAAAGUACAGCUAACACAACUGUACAGUCAUCAAGGACAGGGACCUCUUCUUUCCUUGCCACCGGUGUCGUACCCGUCACUCAAACAAGGAUAAGCACCACAUAUCAGGCUGGCAUUGGUCAGAGGAACCGCUCCAUUCUCCUAGGACAUCCUCACCAAGCUCCCCACUCCACUUCUAAUCCAGCUCCCGCUCCAAGUGGCAGUUCCUCCCCUAAUGGCACGCUUCUGUACUGGGGUGACCUGAGCCGGACGCUGGCUUUCGCCUGGGAGCUGCAUGUCUAUGGCUCAGCGAGCCUCUUCCUCCUCCUGUUUGCUGGAGCUGCUCUCGGCCUCACCCUGUCCCCUGGAGCGAACUGUCCUCAUCGGGGGGCUCUGGCACUUGCCAAUGCUCUAUUGUUUCUGGCCGGAGGCCUUAGGGCAGCUCUCUUUCUAAUAGACCCCUAUGGCACACGGAAAUUGCUCCCUCGCCCCGCAGUUACAGCCCUCUACAACUUGCCUCUACACCUACUGGUGUGGACGCAGGCUGCCCUGGCCCUGCUGGCAUUGAGGGUGGCAGGAGUAAGUGUGUUACCUUCCACUUUGGAGCGUCCUCCUCUGGUGGCUGUCUUGGCUGUGCUGCAGUGUACCCUGCUGCUGGCAGCUGAUCUGCUUUCUCCAGCCCUGUCUCCACUGGUGCCCGUCACCCUACAGGUCCUGUCCCUGUGCUGGGGCCUGGCUCUCUGUCUGGGCUUCCUCUGCUAUGUGUUUCCACGUAUACGCUGUUCUCCUGGAGUCCCUGACGAGACCAGGAGGAAGGCCUGGACAGGCAGCAGGAGGGUCGGGGUGAUUCUGGGGAGAGUGCUGGCAGUGUGUGCAGUUCUGGGGGCACUGUGCUGUGGGCUGCAUGUCCAUGCCACCUUAUGGCUCUAUGGACUGCUGGGGAACUGGACACGCUUUAACUGGGGAUGGUGGCUCGUGCAUUUCUGGGCCCGGCUCCUGGAGUUAGCGUGGGGGUUCUCCCUCCUUCUUCUGGGUUCCUGGGUGUUCUGGAGGCCUCAAGGUUGCCAUGGAAGGGAGGAGGGUGGACCAGAUGGCAGAGCAGCAGGAGAUCUGCCGUCCCCUGGCCAGUCUACAGGCUCCCCACAAAGACAUACAUGCUGGUCUAAGAUAGUCCAAAGUCUGACAGGUAAGCCCUGUAGAAAGUCUGACAGUAAUGGGGUGGGAGGAGGAGGGGGAGGAGGAGGAGGACAAGGGGAGGUGCCUAACAACUGCGCUGGCCAGGAGCGUCCUGGAGCUGACAUCAGCAAGAGUCUGAUCAGAAACCAGAAUCACGAGCAGGCCCCUGUCCAACCACGUUUCAUCAAAGACAACAAUCGGGGACGCAACCAUAGGGGCCACUCAGCAGAACGAGGCAUAUCUGACGGCUCCUCGGGGUCCCUGCUGAGACUGCAGGCACUGGGCCGGCCUCCACAGCGCUCAGUGAGUGGCAGUCUAGAUCAGGAAAGGGACACCUCCCUGUCUCUUUAUGAGUUCGAUCUGCGGCCCCCAUCUCCCAUUGACCUGACCCGCAGCAUUGACGAGGCUCUGCACAGGGAACACCUGCUCGGAGGAGGGAGCUUAUUUCAUCCUUUGAACGAAACCCCACAGUCCCCCUCACCAGGAUCCGGGGUCAGCCAGGGGCCCUGGCUUCGCAGGAACAGUGACCCUCAGCUGCUUUCUGAGAGCAGCGAUGCCCCGACAGAGUCUUCCAUGCCACUGGGGGGCAGCGUUCUCAGCAGUGUGCCCAGCAGGCAGGUGACUGCUCCCCCCACGCCCUCCCACCAGGGUCACAGGUGGGCUGGGAACGCGGUAGGAAGCGUCCCCUCAUCAGUGUCCUGCCCUGUGUCACUUCGUCCCUCCAGAACAUCAACAGGGCAGCUGGGGGAGGACGGAGUGGACGACACACGGCCUUUCAUCACUCCAGACUCAGAGAGGGUGCGUGGGAGGGCUGGAAGGCCAGUGGGGUCACGGAGUUACCUGGAAGUCAGUCGACAUGAUGACUCUGCCAGUGUCAGCAGUGAAAUUAUUGAUUUAUGAACCAAACCCUUGACAUGAGGACCAAUUACCGCACAUCAAACACACCCAUAUAAACAAAUACUGUUCCUGACCGAGAAAAUUUGACUAUUGAACUGCCAAAAAAUGAAUUAUUUUUUGAAGAGGGAAACUAUUUAAGUGUCUGUUGGUGAUGACCUCAGAGGAUAUCACCUCCUUGCCUUUAUUUUGUUAAAGGGUUUAACAACUGUGCUUGAUGAGCAGAUAUGGUGUACCUUUUACUCUGGGAGUAAAACUGGGAGAUAGCACAGUUUAACAAAACAGCACACUCUUAAAUCUUUACCUCUCUCUCUCUCUCUCUCUCUCACACACACACACACACAGAAACACACACACAUUUAUCUCCCUGAUUUUCUUGUCCUUGUUUUCUCCCAAACGCUAACACCUACAUAACACUGGUAUAUAUGAGUACACUGGGACCAUACAUACAUUUCAGCAGGUCUUAAUAACGACUCUUUAGCAGGAUGGUGAUUAAUUUUAUCUAAGACUGAAAGGUAAAAGUCAAAUGUGGCUCGAAGCAUGUGUAGGUCCCCAUUUCUAUUGUUUCUGUGAAAAAAAUACCUGCAUAUCAACAAUCGUGAAUUUCAUUGCUUACAUAGCGUUCAUUUGCUGUCUUCCAUGUUUGCUUUGUGAUGUAAAGAUGUGCCAUACAUAACCUUGGUUGGUUCUGUGCUAUUUUAAUGGUUCUACAAACCCAUUAUUUGGGCUAACUCUCUAUAGCUUCUUACCUGUAUCAUAGUGACUCAGCUACAGAUUACUACUUCCACGCUCUUAACGUGCCGCUGCUGCUAUCGUCCAGUCUGCCUUGUAUGUUAAUGUGAAGCUGGUUGCAUAAAGAGGCAGGCAGUAAACAACGGCCAGAGAUAUGCAGACGCAUGCUUAGAUGUGGGACUGUCGCUGAGGCCUUUUAGCUGUAGCUGAACUAAAAAACAAGAUUCAAGCAUUAAUGCAUUUCAUGUUGUUAUUUUGCAGUAGGACAAAGCUUUUGCAAUCAAUAAUUAUGUACAAUUUAAGCCUUUGACUGCAUUUUUACAGGAUUUGACUAAAAAUAUAAACAAUCAUAAUUAGUUGCAAUGAAUCAGUUCAGACUGUUUGAUAUAUUAACUAAUGCUACACAGCUUUGCAGGGCUGCACCACAUUAGACUGGCUUGGCAUGAACCUCAGAAUUCCUAUAAUAGACCUAACUCAGUAACAGAGCACUUAACUGUAAGCCUGAGCACUAGACUGAAGUAUUUUACUACUCAAGAGGAAACUAUCUUUAAAAUAUACAAUGUAUAAGCAACAAUGUAAAUAAAGUUAUUUUUGAUGUUCAUGAAUAAAGGUGUAUUUGAAACAUAGUUGUAGUUGUUACUGUGAAAGACAAUCUAAAGUGGUACUGCUUAUGUGUCUGAUUUGUGCAGACUGUUACACUAUUUCAACAUCAGAGUGUGCCCUGUUCAGGACAUACCGAGCUGUAACGGUUAAUACUUGACUGCAGAGAUGUGUCUAGGACUUUUGUGCUGUGCUCAGGAUGCAGGUUUUGCAAAUGAAUAACUAGUGGCCACAGUUUGAUUUUAAUUCUUCUUUGUUUUUCUGUCAUUAACUGAUGAUGAAGGUGAUGGAAUGAAACACCAAACACUCAAUAUGGAACCAUAUUUAGUUCAUUAAUGAACUUGAAUCUAUUCAGUGAUCCUGAAAAUAGCCCAGUGGUUUCCCUUGUCAGUCUUACAUUUGAAGAGUUUUGUUCCAACAUGAGAUAUCCAGUAUUUUUUUAAAAAAAACUGAGCCUCAUUUUCACCAAAUGAAUACUGGAAUGUUAUCAAUUAUAUCAUUUUGGAAUGAAACUUAAUUCAUGCCUCUGUUCUUGAUGAGGGUCAGUCCUUGACUUAUUUUCCAGUUACCUUAGGGUGACGUGCAGUACCUCCUAGUGAUGUGACUGGCUUGACUUGUUUAGUCUUUACAGUACAAUGGCCUUGUGUUGUUGUCUACAUUCCAAUGAACCCGUGAGAUUUCACUGUAUUAGUACUUGCCGUUACCUCUUUUACUUCACGACCAGGGUGGUACCUCCAGCACCCGUAGUCUUGUCCCCUCCACAAAGCAGUAUGUGCCAUAGAAAAUACAAUCAAUGUGCCCCCUUCAGUCUGUAGUCACAGUGCAGAAGUACAGUGUUAGAUUCAUUUGUUUAUUUCGCUCAUUGAACUUUUGUUCAUGUAUUUCUUGCUGCAUUUCAUGUCUGGAUUCAAAU